AUGACCGCCCCCGAUCGGUGUGGUCGCUUGAAUAAAGAGAUGCACUUAUCUAAGUCGCGGCGGAUCACAGCCAGAUCCGCGGGCGCGUCUAUCCCCACCGAGCACGUCAUUACUAUGGACGCAGGCUUCUGCGAUAUCGGGGGCCACGUUGGAAGCAGUGAGGGGAACAGUAACUUUCAGUUAACAGCAGGGCCGUCUUUAACGCGGGGGAAAAAGGGCAGCUGCCCCGUGCCCAGUUGCUCCUGGGGGGCCCAAGGCAGCUGCCUCUUGAGCCCCGCUGGCCACUGCCCACAAAUUUGUGUCCCGCAUAGUGAAGGACUUACUUGGUGCUCCGCCUCCCGACCUCCCCUGCCAUUUGUAUGCCGCGCACGAUGACGUCACGCGGAGGCGGAGUCACGGCAACGCUAGGGUGAGCGUUGCCGUGACUCCGCCUCCUUCCCGAACUGCAGCGCGGCACCUUCCUGAACUGCAGAGCGGCGCCAUCCGGAACGGAAGGUCAGCACCCACUCCAGCCUUGAGCCCAGCUGCCCAACUGAUCCUGAGCCUGCUGGAGUCUUCAGAACUGUAA